UCAGCAAACAAUUUACGAGAUUUUCUGUGUCAGAUAUUAAAGUAGGCCUAUUAGGAUUCCUUCUGAGACUUUCUGAGGUGAAACAACCAAAUAGGUAAGCAGAAGAUACCAGGAACUACCAGAGGGUUGUGGGAGCUCAGCUGAGACUUGUCCAAGGCAUUUCAGAAGACUUCUGAAGAGUCGACAUAUUUGUGUACUGAAGAAGCUCUUGUUAGUGAGCCUAGAGAAAAUGUAAAAAUUGUGCAGGCAGUCUCCUGAUAAGUGAGCUUCCAGAGGUUGAUGUGAUUAGGUCCAGCAGGUACUUCCUGAGAGCAAACUAGGAGACAUUAGAAGAACCUACCUGUUUGGUGCCUCUUGACAAGGCCUCCAUCCAGAUCAUCUUUUUUUGUUUGUUUUUCGAGACAGCGUUUCUCUAUAGCUUUGGAGCCUGUCCUGGAACUAGCUCUUGUAGGGAACUAGCUCUUGUAGACCAGGCUAGCCUUGAACUCACAGAGAUCCGCCUACCUCUGCCUCCUGAGUGCUGGAAUUAAAGGCGUGCGCCACCACCGCCUGGGUCAGCCAGUUGUCUUUUAAGGAAUUGGUGCCCGCUCUCUAGGCAGCCCCUCACAUACCAUCAGGCAACUAGCUGGACAGAGUAAGCUACCGCCCCGGAAAUGACGUGCUGCCCCGCUGGCAUAGGCGGCGCGGAAGUAGAGAUGGCGGAGCUUUACGUGAAGCCGGGCAACAAGGAACGCGGCUGGAACGACCCUCCGCAGUUCUCUUAUGGGCUACAGACUCAGACUGGUGGACCCAAACGCACGCCCCUUACUAAGAGGGUCGCGGCCCCGCAGGAUGGAUCCCCUAGAGCCCCAACUUCAGAAACUUCCGGACCACCUCCAGUGGGUCAUCCACCUCCUUCAAGUAAGGCUUCCAGGCCUCCACCUAUGGGGACUUGUCCUGCUACUGGUGUGGAGCCCCCAACUUCCCCAGUCACUGAGUCUGAGGCUCUGAUGGAAGAUGUACUGAGACCUCUGGAACAGGCGUUGGAGGACUGCCGUGGCCACACAAAGAAACAGGUGCAUGAUGAUAUCAGCCGACGCUUGGCACUGCUUCAAGAACAGUGGGCUGGAGGGAAGUUGUCAAUACCUGUAAAGAAGAGGAUGGCACUACUAGUGCAAGAACUUUUACACCACCAGUGGGAUGCAGCAGAUGACAUUCACCGCUCACUCAUGGUUGACCAUGUGACUGAGGUCAGUCAGUGGAUGGUGGGAGUUAAAAGGUUAAUUGCAGAAAAGAGGAGUCUGUCUUCAGAGGAGGCCAAAGAAGAGACAUCUACAAUGGCACCUGAGAACCAGACAAUACCAGGCUUCCAACAGUCUUCAUAAUCCUGGGGGCUCCCCAGACUCACUCAAAUGAUCUAUGCCUCGGUGUGGAAGGCCUCUUCUCACUUGGCUCCCAUUACCACCAGGGAGACAAUCGUGUUGGGCCUGACCAAAGAUCCUACUUGGGCCACUUGCAAGAUAACUUGUUACUCAUAAUAUUUCAAUAAAAAUCUCAAUGGUGGGAAGUGGGUAGGAAAGGUGA